CUCUCUUUGUUCCCCGUUUACCCUCUCUCUCUCUCGUCGUUCCCCGUUUACCCCCUCUCUCUCUCUCUCUCUUCGUUCCCCGUUUACCCCCUCUCUCUCUUCGUUUCUUGACCGAUCUGCCCAGGAGGAGGACGAUUAAGCUUGCCCGCCACUUAUACAAUCUGCCCAGGAGGAGGACGACGACACCGUGUGUGUCUUCAUCACCUCGACGCAUGGUGGAAGCAAUAUCUGUUGAUUUAGGGCUUGAUUUAAACUUUCAAAAAAGGGGAAAGAUCUCUAGAAACUGAAUAAGAAGGCAAAGGGAACUGCCUCUUCUCAGGACAAAUGGCUCUUGGUAAACUUGCAGUCUACUAAGGAGUUCAACUCACAUAUGCUUAAUCGAGAUACAUGGGCUAAUGAAGUUGUCUCUCAAACGAUCAGUACAAACUUUGUCUUUUGGCAGGCUUGGUCGCCAUUUGAUCUCAGUCUGGAGUUUUCUAGUCACGGAAGAGAAGGUGAUAAAAACCAGGGGGGACCAGUAGACUCCUAUGACUUUCAUUGCCUGAUACAAGACCUUGUUCAUGUGACUAAUGGAAUGAACUUUCAAAGGUCUGAUACAAAGUCCCUGAGAAACCUGUUAUUAUUUCAAUAUCUUGUCAACAUUCAUGAAAGUGAUUUUGUACCGCGCAAUAGUGCAUAUGAAGGUCUCAUGAGCUGGGCGCAUUUGAAAGAGUCUUUGCUUAACAUGCUUUUGGGAUCACGUAAAAUAAACUACAAAAACUUGGUGAAGGAUUGUUUAACUUUUAUGUGUCAACUGUACCAGAGUACUGUUGCAUUUAAUGAUGAUGAAAUACAUCCAGAAAUUUCUGAAGAAAAAUCAGCUAAAAGUUGUGAUACAGCUGUGAUAGUUGCUUUAUUUGAGGUUGGAAAGAAUGCCUGCAUUGCUAUGCAAAAAUUUCUCACAAUUAUUAUGGAGCUAGAUACAUCUAAGAAGAAAGCAAAUAAGGAAGGUUCUACUACAAGAGCGGAUGGUGUCAGGACUCCGAUGGUGGAGCUAAUUGUAGAUGAGCUUACUUAUAAUAGGGAUAUUUUCCACCCUUUUCUUGAGCCAAUCCUGAGGAUGUUUUGCAGGUAUACGAUGAACCUAAAUGGAAGCUUGAAAUUGUUGUGCAGUACUUUUGGAAAUAUGUGGGAAAGCCUUCUAUCCGUACUCGUAGGUCUAAUGGUUCUGUAGAUGAUACAACAUUUAGUGGAGCAUUGAAGUGCUUUUCAGAUAUCACCGGCACAAAAAGCGCUGUUAAAAGAAUUGGGACUGAAGUAAUUCAGUUACUCUUAGUACAUGGAUUUCAGAUUGGAUGUAGCAGAGAAAAGUGGAGAGGUUACACGAUCUGUCUCUAGCCCAGUACUUCCAAGGUAUUAGAGGCUCAGCUUGACAGGAGCAUCAUCUAGAUCUUGUAAAUAUGUUCUCAACACCCUCAUGCAGACAUUUCAAAACAAGAGACUGGCUUAUGCUGUCAAGGAAAGCACUCUUGAUAGUCUAAUUACUGAGCUCCUUCUUUGGUUGUUGGAUGAGAGAGUUCCACAUAUGGAUGAUGGCAGCCAGCUUUUAAAAGCUUUGAAUAUUCUGAUGCUAAAGAUUCUGAUAAUGCAGAUCGAACUUCAUCCUUUGUUGUUCUCAUCAAUCUCUUACGUCCAUUAGAUCCUUCAAGGUGGCCCUCACCUACAUCAAAUGAGACAUUUGCUGUCAGAAAUCAGAAGUUCUCUGAUCUGGUUGUUAAAUGUUUGAUAAAACUUACAAAGGAAGGCAAUGUUGCCAACCAGAGGGAACAUCUAAUUCUUCUCCUUGCCAAUAUUCACAUUCAGAAAGCUAAUAAGCAGUCUGUCUUGAAGGAUCUUGCAGGCAAAGGACACCAAGUGAAUUAGAUAGAGAGGUUAAGAACUUGAGGGUGGCAUUUACUGACCUGUUUUUGAAGCAUAACACUUUCAAAGAAACUGCAAAGCCAUCGAAAUAUUGAUGCAAAGAAUGGAAGAAUGUAUUUCACUAAUUUUUGUAUACAUUUCUUGUUUUGUAUUUGGUGAUAAAUGAAUCUGAAUUGGACAUAAAUUAUGUUGUAAUAUGAUUUCUUAAGCCUAGACUAGUAGACUAAAUAUUGUAAUUACAUUUGAGUAAUUAAUAAAAAUCUAUUUAUGUUA